AUGGCUUGUGUCGCCCGGUCAUUGACUCGCCCGGCCCGUUUAUGGGCCCAAAGGGCCUCGAGCUUUACGCCUGCUCGGUCUUUCUCCGCCUCCCCGUUCAGAUUCGUGAAUGAAGACCCGGUAGUUCCUCCUCCCCCGAAGGAAUUGAAAGCGGAAGAUUACCCGUCGAUGCCCGAGUACUCGCCGGACCUUCUCACCAAAGAGGAACGAUCUAUGUACGAUUUGAUGUCGCCUGAAGAUCGUGCAGCCUUUGAUGCUGAGAAUCGCCGGAUUGUCGCCGAUUUCAAUGACAUUGGGAAGCGAUCGGAGGCUUUCGCGGAGCUUGAGCGGAAGGUCAAUCAGAUCGACAAGGAAUCUGACAUUCGUUUCGAAGACCUCCGGGCUAAGAAUCUUGGAUUCUGGGCCGAGGAUGAUGGCGACGAGCUGGCGCAAGUCGAAGACGGCGAUGAAGAAAUUAAUGAUGACGAGAUCACUUCCAUGGCCCAUGCCGAGAUGGAAUUGCAUCGCGAGAUGAGAGAAUACGCGCGUAUCACAGCAUGGGAUAUGCCAAUGCUGAGCAAACUCGCGCAACCGUUUACUCUCCCUCCAGAAAACCACAUCCUCCGCUUCCGCUAUACUACCUACAUGGGUGAACGCCACCCGGCUGAACCCAAGGUUGUCGUGGAGCUUGCAUCUCGCGAUUUGACACCAAAAUAUCUUACCGAAACCCAGCGCCAGACUUUUCUAAAGCUGGUCGGUCCCCGUUACAACCCCCAGACCGACGUCGUCAAGAUGUCCACGGAUCAAUUCCCCUCCCGUGCACAGAAUAAGCGAUAUCUUGCCGAUGUUGUCAGCACUCUUGUUCAAGAGGCUAAAAGUGGCGACUCCUUCGCGGACCUUCCACUCGAUCUCCGUCACCACAAGCCCAAAUUCCGUCCCCAAUUCCCGGAGUCAUGGAAAAUGACCGAAGAGCGCCGGAAACAGCUAGCCGCCCGGCGUGCCGAACGACUGAAUGCCGAAGAGGCGAGAGAGGCUAUUAUCAAUGGUAACCGGAUUGUCUCCGAGGCGAUUGAAGUUCUUCCCGAGCUUAACCCGGCCCUCAAGGCGCGCGCUGCAGAGGAACGGGAGCGUGUUGCUGUGAAGGUUGGUGCACGGUCAUCCAAGAAGCCGUCAAAGCCGGUGCGUCGGUGA